GGACCAGAGAUAUAAUCAAUCGAUUAAUAUUUAAUAUUAUAUCAUACGUGAUAACCCUUACUCAGAAGCUAUAGUUUGCGUUUAGGCUUCAACCAAAUAAUUGGUGAAUGAGUACCCAUCACUAUUCACCAAUAUAUCUUAGCUUUCCCUCAUCAAAUUAUGUUCUUGCUUCGUCCACACUAAGACCUGAAUAGGGGAUCGAGAAGCAAGGAAUCUAUUCUUUAAACAGGCAUGCCUUCUUUUAAUCAUCUCCUUCUGCACCAUCUAUCACCUCCUCCUUCUCUUUCAAAACCAUGGAAGAUUUGAACACGAUUGGCGCUGAUUGUGUGGUCAUAUCAUGCUGCUGCCAGUGCUUGAUGCUUCAAAUUCUUGUAUUUGUGUUGCUGAAGCUUCCCGGGAAGUUGAUAAGGAAAACAAGAGAAUAUGCUAAAAAGCUUCGUCAUAGGAAGGCAAAUAAUGAUAGAAGGAUGGGGAGAGAAAUGGGUUCUUAUAAAGAUGUUCUUCUGAGAAUUCAUGAACAAUCUUUUAGAAUUCAAGUAGAGAUGGCACUAACAGAUGGUGCAGAUCACAAUUGUGGUGGUUGUAUGGAUGAAGUUGAAAAGGUGAUGGAGGAGUUUUAUCAAAAGGGAGAGUUUGCAUUUGGGAGCUUUUGGGGGAGGAAGGGGCCAUGUGGGGCUCCUACAAUAGUCAACGAUCAUAAUGAUGUUAAUUUUGUGAGAUAUCAAAUAAUUGAUUUGGUUGGUUCCUUAAGCUAAAGCUACGCAUAAGCUUGCCACAUAUAUGGUUCUGAUGCUGCUCUGAAAGAUUCGUUGCAAAGAAUAUCAUGACUCUUUACCAAAUUGAUGUUCAGGUCAUAGAUUAUGUCAAUUUAGUAAAUAAAUCACCUUUUGUUAAAAUUAUCUUCUGCAUUUUCGCAAGUUCUAUAAUAAGCUCAUAUACUAUAAUGACUAGAUGUAUCUGUUUGUAUCUGUAGAUUAAAAACGAAAAAAAAAAACAAAAAUUAAUACCAAUACAA